GCAUUCUUUGUGAGUCUCUGGCGCAUCUGGAGCAGCUUAACUUUAAAUAGACUGGGAAGAAGUUCACUGUUUGUCCAUUCACAUACAAACAUCAUUCAGGUCUGCUGAACUGACCUUCAGCCCAUCUGGAGAUCAUGUUUAUGGGCAAAGUUUAAAUGUUUGUGUGUGUGCAUUUUUGAGUGUGCAUAGGUCUAUGUUAAGGGGUUGGCUGACCACUCUGGACAACCCCUUCCUGAGAACACUGCUGUGUUCACAGACAGGAAGUCAAGACCAAGAUAAGGACGAUAAAGAAAGAGAGCACUUUUCUAUGACAUUUUCUUUCUGCUAGGGGAACAGAAACAUAGCUUCAAAGAAAACGGGAGAGAAGAGAAAAGCAGAAGGUGAAGAUGGACGAGUUCAGGCCGCUUGAAUGAGAGGUAAAGGGAAACACAAAGAAGCAAGGGCUCACACGGGGAGAAAAAAAGAAAUAGGUUGUGUAAACGACACAAUGAUGAAGAAAGCAGCUGUUGCAACCAAGGACUCCAAAGUGUCUAGUGGGAUGUUCCACAAAUCUGUCUAAAUCACUAAACCAGAGAUCCCUUGUUUCAUAUUCAGCCUUUUCUCCUUACUCUUAAAUAUGCACCAUGCUGUCCCCGGCUGCUGCCACAUCGCCUACUGUCAUCCCCAAUCCUACAACCCCGUCUUCUUUGCUUUCCGACGGUUCUUCCUCACCACCGUCUGUAGCAUCGGUUCAAUUGGUGGACAUUUCAGUUACCCCAACGCCAGUAAAUCCCCAAAAGUCCACCUCCCCUCCUUUGCCUCUCUCACCUCCUUGCUCAAUUCGAAAACCCUCAGGUUCUAUACCACCUCCCACCUCUAAACCCUCUGUCCCUCCUCAUCACAAAGCAAAGGCUCCUAAGCCCACAUGUCCACCUCUCCCAGCACAGCAGCCAUCAGCAAUCCCCAAAUCUUCCUCUAAAGCCCCUCCACGACCAAGCUCCAAACCAUUAUCACCACCUCUUCAGAGGCCCCCUCCACCAUUCACUUCAAAAACUCCUGUGGUACCAUCUCCACCUGUCCAAACCCAGAAAUCAGCCCAUCCCAGCAUUAGCAUCUUGGAGAAGCUGAUCAAGACAUGUCCAGUUUGGCUACAACUGGGAAUGAACAAGGAAAGAGCUAUUCGUAUACUCACCAAAGAGCAGCCUGGGAUCUUUUUAGUGCGGAGGGACCUUGGCCAGUCGUUGAUGGUAGUAUCAGUUCGUCUUCCAGACCAGCAGGGAGCUCCCCAGGUCCAGGAUGUGCCUGUGAAAGAAGAAAGGACCAUGUUGUAUCUUAAAGGCUCUGUCCUGGUUUUUGACAACAUAUUUAAACUCAUUGCAUUCUACUGUGUUAGCAGGGACAUUCUACCCUUUACCUUGAAAUUACCUCAGGCCAUCAUCAAGGCGUUUAAAUACGAAGACAUGGAAGUGAUCUCCACACUAGGAGUAGAAUUCUGGGGGUCAGAGCUGAAUAGUCACAUUCGGGAAGAUUCGAGUAAAUCUGCAGACUGCAGUGUCUCCUCUGGAAAUGACCAUCUUUGGUAUAUCAACCCCAUCUCUACUGAGGAAUACUAUAACGGUUUGUCUCCCACUUCUCCUACACCAAUGCUGAGGUCACAAAGCAUUAACAUGCCUGUUCAGGCUCCGCCAAAAUUCAAGAGGCCGCCACCGCUACCUCCACGUCCAAUUACCAUUUCCGAAGAUUCACUGAUGCAAGUGUCAGCCAAGCCAGCAAGAGAGAAGUUCACGUCAGAGGAGUCUUCACUUCUGUUGCUAAGUUCUCCUUUGCCUGUGGUCCAAAAAGAGGAAGGAAGUCAUUGUGGGUAUGAAAAGGCAGAGGGAACUCUAUUACCCACUGCCGAGGCAGAAACGUCGAACAAACAGGAGGCAGUUUCUCUCAGUGAAACGACUAAACAGGGUAGCUUUGCCAUUUCACACAAGAGUCCCCCAGUCCCACUCCGACGCUGGAUAUCAGAUAGCCAACCCACAGGAGAAGCCCAGCUGGAACCUUCAAAGGAACCUGUCUGUGCAUCUGUAGCAGCAGAGACCAAUGAGGAUCCUGGUGCUGCCGUGUCUCUCAUAUGCCUUGAUGACAGUUGCAUGGACCAGUGGGUGAGUGGACAGUCUGGACAGUCUAAAACAACACAAGAGGAAGAUCUGGGUGAUCAGUUGAAAAUUUCAAAUGGAGAUUCCUCUGUGAACAUGCUUCCAGCAUCUGACAUGAAGAAGCCUGGUGCACCAGUGCCACCUCCUAGGAGGAAACGUAUAUCCACAAUCACGAUUACCCAAGAUACCACCAAUAUCUCUGAAGGUGUUACCCAAGAGCUCAGCCACAUUACUCCACAGCCCGCUGCAAUGCUUCAUAACCUUGGAAUCAAUACAGACCACCCCAAAGUUCCGGAUGUGUCAUUAUUUUCCCCCGAAGGAGGUGUUCCCCAGCCAGAUCAUGACUCCUACUCCACGAGCAGCACAGAGGAAGAUGCAGAUCCUAGCCCGAUGGGUGCCUUUGUAAAAAGGACACCCACUAUUAUGCUAGACCGUGCUAAGCAACGGCUCUCCAUGGUGAACUUCUCCACCGUCUUCACAAGCUUCAUGAGUACUGACCGCAAGCUUCAGAAGCGGAUUGUGGAACUUGCUAGAGAUGGGAGCACAUACUUUGGUAACCUGGUACAAGACUACCGUGCCUUUACGCUGGACACUAUGAGGAGGCAUUCCUCCAGUACAGAGAUGCUCCAAGAGAUCAGACAAAUGAUGACACAGCUUAAGAGUUAUCUGAUCCAAAGCACAGAGCUGCAGAACCUGCAAGAGCCAGCUGCUUAUUCGGAGGAGAAACUUGAGAUAAUCAUCGAGGCGUCACUUUAUAAGUGUGUUCUGAAGCCCUUAAGAGAGGCAAUAUAUAAUGGGCUGAGGGACAUCCACUCACGUACAGGCACUCUGAAGAUGCUCAAGGAAAAUCAGCUGAUAUUAUUGGGCACCACCACCACAGAUUUGGGUGUGACCACCUGUGUUCCUGACUCACCUGUCCUGGAGAAAAUCCAAGGGAAAUUGUCAAGCUUGCAUCAGGAAUACUCCCCACAGAAGAAAAUCGACCUGCUCCUAAAGACUUGCAAGAUCAUAUAUGAGUCCAUGUCUGUUGGCUGCCCAGGAAAGCCACAUGGCGCAGACGACUUCCUGCCUGUACUGAUGUACGUAUUGGCUCGUAGUAACAUGACUGCACUGCUGCUGGAUGUGGAGUAUAUGAUGGAACUGAUGGACCCUGCUCUACAGCUUGGAGAAGGCUCAUAUUAUCUAACCACCACAUAUGGUGCUCUGGAGCAUAUCAAAAACUACGAUAAGCAGGCAGCUUCCAGGCAGCUGAGUUUGGAAAUCCAGGACUCUAUUCAUCGUUGGGAACGUCGCCGUACUCUUAAUAAGGCCCGUGCCUCAAACUCAUCCGUACAGGAUUUCAUCACUGUCUCUUUCUUGGAGGCAUGUUCUAACACCAGGACUCUGGGGGUUGAUCCCAACACCACGGCUCGGGACCUGAGUGCCCAGUGUGCAGAGAAGUUUGAAGUGCAGGAUCCUGAAUCUUUCUGUCUGAGUGUGCUAGUAGACGGCCAGUACCGAGCCCUGACUCCCGAGGAGUUACCACUCACUGUCAAAUCCACCCUGCACCGCAGUGAGCCGCGCAAAGAAUAUCACUUUGUGUACCAGCGUGGACGCUGGCCAGUUCAGGAACCUGACAAGGAAAUACCGCAUACCCCUGAACCAACACAUGCCCAGGACGAGAGUUUGAUCUGAAGGAAUUACACAAAAAAGACUACACAAUCUGGGAGCUCCUAUCAGAGAAAGUAAAACACUCUGCAAUGAUAUCACUAUCACCACAGCUUAACAGAAUGCUUUGUAGAUGUACUUCCAUCUGGGCACCAAGUCUGCUCCAUAAUUGCACUUUGACCUGUAGCAAGAACGUUAGAAUUUGUGAAUUCUUAUUAACCCAUGAGUUCAAAAGACACCAGUAUAUCUUUAAUAUACAGUCUACAUCUGUAGUUGUUUGGCAGAACCGCUGGAGCGAGACAAUCAUCACCUGAUUUUGACUUCUUAAGGAGUCAGUUCUUUAAUAAUAACUGUUUGAUAAACUUAGCAGUAUUCUUAAAAAGCAUGUACACACUGGUUUGAUUCUCGCCAGUGCCCACUAAACUUUUCCAAUGACUUUUUUGAGUCACCUAUUACUAUAUCUGAAUACUGACAAAGACCAUUUCCUCACUCCGGAAAGGUAAAGUUUUAAGUCAGUACGAUUCUUUUUCAGAUUUCUUUUUCACCAAAAUAUCACUGAUGUUUGGAUUACAGCUGACCAACCACAGGUCUUUUUCAUCUUUAUUUCGCAUAUUCUGUUAUUUGCAUGUCAACUUUACUUGGGUCUUAAAUUUUUUGCUAUCUCUCCAUUGUAUUGGUUUCAUUUCCUAUAAUGUCUGCUCCUGAAUUCAGAUGUUCUGGAUCAUAUUUCUAGUUAUAUAAACAGUAAGCACAUGAAUAAUGUUUGUAUGAAUGAGUCAAAUCACGUAUACAUUUUUUAUAUAUGACUCAGGGGUGAUUAGGUGCAUUUUCCAAUAUAUACUGUAUUACGAUUGAAAUAUAUAACAGUUUAAACCCAGCCAGAGUAAGCCGUUUUUUUUUUUAUUUUAUUUUAUCUUUACACAAAUAAAGUAUCCUUUCAUGACA